AUGGCGACCGGUGAGAGGCGAUCAAAUCUCAGGUUGCUCAGGACGUCACUGAUUCUGGACCAAGGCGACACACGCACGACUCGCCAUGGAGACUGUCUCAGACUGUGUACUUACAACGCGAGAAUAGUAUCCACGGACGCUGACCUGCAUGCCCUUCUCGGAGCUGCAGAGCGUACUAAAUUUCACAUUAUUGCUCUGCAGAAGAGCAAGUGCGGAAGGAGCGACGUACGACAGAUAAAUGACAGAACACUCGUCAUUCGUGGAGAGAAGAUUCCGUCGCGAAAUUUAGGCGGUGUUGGUUUUGUUGUGCACCCAUCUGUCAUCCAUCCUGUUGAUCCUCACGAGAUCCUGUCACCUUGUCUAGUCAUUCUUCGCCUCCGCCCUCUGCGCCAAAAAUCCACUAGUAUCAUCAACUGCUACUCACCAACAUCAGCAGCUGAUGAAUCCGAAUUGGACGCGUUUAACGCGGAGCUGAAGGAAGCAAUCCGAAAAGAGAUGUCCUUCUACAAAUUCGCUGUCGGAGACUUCGACACAAAACUAAGAAAGGCUACAGAAAAGGAAUACAAGAUUGGAAGAUUUGGACCAGGGGAUAGGAACGAAAAUAGCAAUCGUCUCGCCGGGCUGUUGUCCGCCGCUCGCCUCUUUCAUGGGAACUAUCUUUUCAUGAAAAAAGGUCGAUGCACCACGAAGAUACAACUUUUCCAUCGUUCCCUCAACAUACCCAUUGGAAAGGGACACGACAAUGCGAUGCUAUAUCGCCGAAGCUGUUCACGGCUGCAUUACAAUGGAUAA